CUUUUCUCCCCCCAUAAAAUCCUUUCCCCUUUUAUCUCUCUCACCUUUUUCUUCUCAGCUCCCUGUUUGGCUUCCGAGAAAAUUUAAUUUACAAACUUUCUCAUGAAAUUUUCCCUUUCAAAUCACACCACCACCGUUUUCGGCUCACUUAAAUUUUUGAGAAAAUUGGAAGUAAAACCAGCUAAUGACAUAACUGACACAGAAUCUCGUUUUUUUUUUCCUUGUAUUUCUCGGAAGCCAAACAGGGUUUUUAUUUUUUUAAUUUUUUUUUAAUUUUAUAUUUUGGUUGUGAUUUUGAUUGAGGAUUAGGUCUGUGUUUGAAUUAAAGCAGAGAUUAUAGCGUUGUGGAUAUGAACUUUGAAUGUAUACUGGAUUUCUGUGGCGAUUAAGACCUGAAUUGGAUUAAUUAUUUUUAAGGGGGUUUAAUUAGAGUUUUGGCUUUGGGUGCUGUGUAUUGGUGCUGCAACUUUCAGGUAGUAAUUGUGUUGUGAAGGUAAAUGAAGAUGAUAAGUGGAGCUUUAAGUCUUGGUGUUUGUGUAUUAGCCGAGAGAAAUGGGUCUUGCUCCAUUUGCUUAGUUCCUCGAAAAGUACAAGAGGAAUUGAACUGCAUUGUGAUGCAUGAUGAUGUUCCUCUGAGAAAAUUUUCGGUGCAUUGAUGGUUUUCUGUCGAGUCUCGCAAUUUGGUUUUUGGAUAGCGGGAGGAAAAAGAAAGGAAAAUGCUUCAAAGUGUUGUUCUUUCAUAUAACAUGUAGAUGAGUGGAAGUUCUUGAUCAGAGUCAUUCAUUUGUCAUGAAUUAAGAAUGACAGUUCAUGGGAAGAAUUGUAAUUUGAAACAGAGGACAUAUUCCAAAGACUCGUACUUAGAAUCUCUCGAGGGAAAACAAAUUGCGGUUUGAGGCUCUUCCUGUAAUGAUCUGUAAAUUCUAGUAUUGGACAUAUUGGAAAAUGCAGAGAUUAAGACCUUAAAUACAGGUCUCUUAAUUUGAUCGGAGUAGGCUCAGAAUGCACAAAAAAGGUUUCAAUUCUAAUGUAAAUGAAGUUUUUUUAUUGCUGGUUCUUUCUGACUGCAAUAGCUUUCAUAUUUAUUCUAACUUGUGCUCCAAUUGACCUCAUGCACAUAUGUACGUGAAGCUUCCCGGAGCUGAAACUCUUCGUUUAUAGUAUACAAGUUAGAGGCAAAAAUAGUGUGUAAACGAUUCCUUCUGUAAUUUUGUCGUUUCUGAGUUUAAUGGAUUUACUAAGUAUGACUAUGGAUUAAGAUGCUGCUCUCUAGUUAUUUGUUGGAGCUAAUACACUGGGGGAUAUUUUCUGUAGUUGGCAGUAAUGGAAAUGAUACUAGGGGACCCUUAUGGGACUAAUCCCGGACCAAUUGAUGGUUCAGUGCUUUAUGAUCAGGACAAGCAUGUGUCUUCAGCAGUUUGGGAUGGCCAGGAGCGCGGUGGACUCAGAUGCCAUGAACACACUUCAAUGCUUGAUCAAUGGACACUCACGGAAAAACAGGUUGAGUUGGUAGAGAAGGCUGGAUUUGGUUAUUUAAGAUUGAUUCCGGCAAUUAGUCUAGAUAAUGCACUCAUUUCUGCACUAGUUGAAAGGUGGAGGAGAGAAACAAACACUUUUCACCUUAAUGUUGGAGAAAUGACGGUAACUCUUAGGGAUGUCGCGCUAUUGCUCGGUCUAGCAAUUGAUGGAGAACCUGUAAUUGGUAUAACACAUACCACCUGCAACUCAGUUUGUGACAGGUAUCUCGGAAAAGUACCAGAGCCUAGUUAUACUAGUGGUGGAAUGGUGAAGCUAAGCUGGUUGAAAGAGUUCUUUUCCCAUUGUCCUAAAGAUGCACCACUCGAAGUGGUUGAAUGUCAUACCCGUGCUUACCUCUUAUACCUUGUUGGAAGUACAAUAUUUUCGACAACUACUGGGAAUAAAGUCCCUGUCAUGUACCUUCCACUGUUUGAGAAUUUUGACGAUUGUGGGAGAUAUGCCUGGGGGGCAGCAGCAUUGGCAUUCUUGUACAGGUCACUGGGCAAUGCUUCUCUGAGAUCUCAAAGUACAAUUAGUGGCUGUUUAACGCUACUGCAGUGCUGGAGUUACUUUCACCUAAAUAUUGGACGACCAAAGCUCAAUACUGAUUUAAUGCAUGAUCGUUUUCCUUUUGUGCUUAGCUGGAAAGGAAAGCAAAGUAGGCCAACAGCAUACCGUGAUGUAGUGUUUUACCGUAAAGCUCUGGAUUCCUUAAAACCAUGUGAUGUGGAGUGGCAUCCGUAUAGAAAUAUGGAAUAUACGGUGAUUCCAGAAGAUAUCAAGAGCAAUCUGAUUAUAGAGAGGUCAAAAACAAUGCUAAUAUGCUUUGACAAGGCAGAAAGGCAUCUCCCAAAUCGUUGCCUAAGGCAAUACAGCAUGCUUCAGUCGGUCCCAGAGGAUGUACAGCGAUGGGAGAGAAAAAGUCGUCGAGUUGGUGGGGUUGACUUGUCAGGGAAAAUGGAGCCAGAGCUUAAUGAAUGGCUGGAACGUCGAUAUCAUAUUGUGGAUGGUGAUGAUGGUGCAGAUGAAAGUAAUUAUAUGCUGUGGUACUUGAAAAUUACACGUAAAUUUAUAGGGAGGCCUAUAUCUCUCUCGUCUGAGUUUCAAAGAACGGUAAGCUUCACCAAAAAAAAGAAGAAGAAUGCUGGGUUGAGGGAUAUUGCACGCAUAGCAGAUACAUUCAUAACAGAUGGGUUGGACCGAAAUCAAGCUGAUUCAAUUGAAGAAAUCAGGAGUAUUGCGCAUCAAUGUUUGGGGGACCAGGUUGGUGGUCCGGACAUACCAUCACCCACCCCACAAAGUGAAUUUGGGAAAAGGAUAAGAGGGAAGGAGAGGGUAAGAAGAAAAGGUAUGGGAAAACGUUUGCGGAAGGAUGAUCCAGCACAAUACAUUACUGCUAGUGAGGAUGAUCAAUCCCAGUUUUGUGGCACCACUGUCAUGGUUGAGCAGUUACGUUUUCAGGAUGUAGAUCAUUCGCAGCUAUAUCCUGUUGACAGUGAGGUCACUGCUUUGCAUAUGAUGAACGGAGAUGGUGAGGAUGAGAAUAUGCAGCUAUGCAGUGCCGACAUGGGGUUUGACCGUUCAGAGCUAAGCAUUGCGGCUGCUGUGGAGGGUAAUUCUGAGCUAAUCCGUGCAGUUGUGAAGGUCGAUGACACAGAGCUUUUUGAAGCAACCGAAGAGAUCGACUCACAGCUUCGUGAUGCAAUAGAUGAAGUCAAGGACUCACAACUGUCUGAUUCAACUAAGGUCAUUGACUCACAGCUCUGUGGUGCACAUAACGAGGUUGAUGACUCAGAGCUUCCUCAUGUUACAAGUGAGAGUGAUCCACACACAUCUAAAGUUGAAGCAGAGGUUGUUCGAGAGCCUUCUCUUGAAACUCCUCAAGAUAUUGCGCAGCAGAGUAAAUGUAGUGUUGUAGUAUAGAGUAAAGGCACUAUCAUGCAAUUUUUCUGAGGUAGCGCAAGCCUCACUAUACAGUAUUACGAAUAUGCAGCUAGAUUAGCAGUGUUGGAAAAGUAACAGCUCGUCAUAUAUAUGGCUGGUUAGCAAUACGAUACUUGGAUUCAUGUAAAUUAUUGUAGUGUUUUGUGUUCUCCAACAAUUUAUUACGUCUAAUCUAUUUUUAUGUUGUCGUUGUCUUUCAUUUAUCGAUUAUUCAUUUUCGUUUCGAAAUGUAAAAAUUACUGGAAUUGUUUAUGUUUAGGUACAGGAAGUAAUGUUCCACACUCUAGUAUAAUUUCAUGUAUAUUUUGAUCCCUAUGAAAAUGUUGAUGUUUCAUUUC